AAACCAUUGCUAAGCAUUUAGCCUACGUGUGAGUAAUUCACUCUCUCAAUUCCUGCGAGAGGUACAUUGAAUCGUAAGCAAGAAUUUCUCUCCAUUGAUUUAAGCACCUUAACUCCAACUUUCCCAUUUGCAUAGGAACUUGUAAUCAAGGAUCAACAUCCGCUUUCAGUGAAGCUCCACAGUGUGAUAGGAUCAACUCCAGCACCAUGCAACAUCAACCUCACCGUGACUUCCCUACUAAACCCCCUUCUUCCACCGUCUCCCUUGACGCCGAUGGGAAAACCACCGACUUCCGCCCAUUCUCCGCCGCCAAGUCACCGCAAAUGCGCACCUUCCAUCUCUCAUGGCUAAACCUCUUCUCCUGCUUCUUCGCCACCUUCUCCAUACCCCCUCUCAUCCCCGUCAUCCGUGACGACCUCCACCUCACCGCCUCCGAAAUCGGCGCCGCUGGCUCCGCCUCCUUCGCCGGCGCCAUCGUCUCCCGCCUCCUCAUGGGGCCCAUCUGCGACCUCGUGGGCCCGCGCAUCGCCUCCGGGACCCUCUCACUCAUCACCGCCCCGAUCAUCCUAGCAACCUCCCUCGCCUCCACCCCUCAAUCCUUCAUCAUCAUCCGAUUCCUCGUCGGAUUCUCCAUCGCCACCUUCGUCUCCAACCAGUUCUGGACCAGCUCCAUGUUCUCCCCCUCCUGCGUCGGCGCCGCUAACGCCGUCGCCGCCGGGUGGGCCAACAUGGGCUCCGGCGUCACACAGCUCCUCAUGCCCCUCCUCUACUCCCUCAUCAUGUCCCUCUUCCACGUCCCUUCCUCCACCGCGUGGCGAUUAUCCUUCAUCCUCCCGGCGAUUUUCCAAGCCCUCACAGGUAUCUUAGUGUUGGCGUUCGGGCAUGAUCCGGUGCCAUCGCGUAACCGCAAAGUGGGGCCGAAGGAGAGCGUGUUCAGCGUGGUGAUGGGCGGUUUAAGGGACUACAGAGGGUGGAUUCUGGGCUUACUCUACGGAUUUUGUUUCGGUGUAGAGAUGACAACGGACAACAUCAUAGCGGGUUACUUCUACGACAGGUUUGGGGUGAACCUACAAACAGCGGGGACCAUCGCGGCGUGUUUCGGGAUGGCGAAUUUCUUCUCGCGGCCGACGGGAGGGUUGGUUUCCGACGCAAUGGGGAAGAGGUUCGGUGUUCGAGGGAGAUUGUGGGCUCUGUGGGUGGUGCAGACGGUGGCGGGUUUGCUGUGCGUUUUGCUGGGGCGAGUUAACUCGCUGUGGAGCUCGAUCGUAGUGAUGUGUUGUUUCUCAGUGUUUGUUCAAGCUGCUUCUGGCCUCACGUUUGGCGUGGUCCCUUUUGUUUCAAGCAGAUCACUAGGGGUAAUAUCAGGAAUGACAGGGAGUGGUGGGACGAUUGGGGCUGUUGUCACUCAAUUGCUCCUGUUUUCCGGGGACACCAUGUCAAAGCAAACAAGCAUAUCCUUGAUGGGACUGAUGAUGAUAAUUUGUACUCUUCCAGUAACCUUGAUCUACUUCCCUCAAGGGGGAGGCAUGUUUUGUGGUCCUACCUCAAAUGAUGAUCCCCUCGAAGAAAAUUAUACCUUGCUGGAGUAGCAUUAAUGAACAACAGCAUGUAAUUCGUGCAACUCGAUUGUAGUACUCAAGCUUAUAAACCCGCUGUAAAUGGAAAGUACCAACCUAUACCCUGUAUGGCAAAGUAAAGAAGUGAUUAUGAUAUACAAUAGUCAAUCAGUAAUAUUCUAGUAGUAAUGAAUAGAGAGAUUCCUUUAUGAGUUGUUGUAAAAGAUGUCCGUUAGUACCAAAUUUGAAAAUAGUUCUUGAUUGAGAAGAAA